AUGUUGCACGUAUCUAAAGUUGCGAGGGUCCCAGGUGGUCCCGUGCGUCUGUUGAGCAGGUUUUACUCUGCCCCGACUUUGAAGGAGACCUUUGGAGCACAGGUGCCGAGACUUGCCGACGAGGUGCGUUCGUUCAAGAAGGAGCACGGGAAGACGGUGAUCGACCAUGUGACUUUGGAGCAGGCGUACGGUGGUAUGCGCGGGAUCAAGUCGAUGGUGUGGGAGGGGUCCGUGCUGGACCCUGAGGAAGGGAUCCGGUUCCGUGGGUUGACUAUCCCUGAGGUGAAGAAGAAGUUGCCGCUGAGUGCUGGCGGGGAGCCCCUACCAGAGGGUUUGUUCUGGCUGUUGCUCACUGGGGAGAUCCCCAGCGAGGAGCAAGUGAGACAGUUAUCUGCUGAUCUUGCCGCGAGGUCCGAGUUGCCCGAGCAUGUGUCUGCGACUCUGGACCAGUUGCCCCGGGAUUUGCACCCAAUGGCACAGUUUUCUAUUGCGGUGACCGCGUUGGAGAGUGAAUCCAAGUUUGCGAAGGCGUACGCUCGUGGGGUGAACAAAUCAGAGUACUGGGAUUACACUUUUGAGGACUCGUUGGACUUGCUCGGGAAACUGCCCCUUAUUGCGUCCAAGAUUUACAGGAACGUAUUCAAAGAUGGGAAGUUGGGGAAAGUGGACUUGACGGCGGACUACGGUGCGAAUCUAUCCAGUCUGUUGGGGUUUGCCAACGAGGAUUUUGUUGAUUUGAUGAGACUGUACUUGACGAUCCAUUCCGACCACGAAGGUGGUAACGUCUCCGCGCACACGACACACUUGGUAGGGUCGGCACUAAGUUCUCCGUACCUGUCGCUUGCGGCAGGUCUCAACGGUCUUGCAGGCCCCUUACAUGGCCGUGCCAACCAGGAAGUGCUGGAGUGGCUGUUCAAGUUGAGGGACGCCGUUGGCGGGGACUACUCCCGCAGCACCAUUGAGAAGUACCUAUGGGACACUCUCAACAGCGGCCGCGUGAUCCCCGGGUACGGCCACGCGGUCCUGAGAAAGACAGACCCCCGGUACACUGCGCAGCGUGAGUUUGCGCAGAGACACUUCCCGGACUACGAGCUGUUCAAGCUGGUCUCGACGAUCUACGAGGUCGCGCCAGGGGUGCUCACGAAGCACGGCAAGACGAAAAACCCGUGGCCCAACGUGGACUCGCACUCGGGCGUGCUGCUGCAGUACUACGGCCUGACGGAGGCGUCCUUCUACACGGUCCUGUUCGGCGUGUCACGUGCGUUCGGCGUGCUGCCCCAGCUGAUCACGGACCGUGCCGUCGGGAUGUCCAUCGAGCGGCCCAAGUCCUUCUCCACGGAGAAGUACCGCCAGCUGGUGGCCCUCUGCGAGAAGCGGUAG